UCGGUUUUUUAUACACAACUAUCCAAAUAAUGCAAGAAUUGAAGCCUGUUAUGAAUCAAAUGGACAAUUAUACUAUUCAUAUUAUAAUGUUAUUUCUUUGGGGAAUUAUCCCGCCAAUCCAAAAUUAACUCAAAAAACUAGAAAUCAUAUGCCACAAUAUCUAGUAUCUGAUAAUUAUAUAGUAGAAACAGAAGUUGCCAAAAAAAUUUUAAAAUGUAAAACAAAUUAUGUUGUAGGUUCAAAAAUAUGUUAUGUAAUUAGUUGGAAAGAGGGUCGUACAGAGUGGAGUAUUAAUAGCACAAAGUCUUCAACAGAAGUUAUUAAUAUAUUUUUACAGAAAAUAAAUCAGAAAACAUCUAAACUUUCAGGACCUCGAGUUUUUGGAUUUGAUAUUAAACCUUUACAUAAAGCUCGCUUACAAAUAGAAUAUACAUGUUCAAAAACCAACAAACGAAAUAGACCUUUAGAAGAUAUUACAUCACCAUCACAACAAAAUAAACGGCUUAAUACUUUUGGAAAAGAUGCUCAAAAUGCAAUAAGUCAGUUAAUUACUAAACAUAAAUUAACAGAUUUAUCUGGCAAACCAAUUGUUUCUAUGCGACAUAUUAAUUUUAAUUUUAAAAAAGAACAAGUUAAAAUUAAAUUUUCAGACUCAAAUACUCAAACAGAACUUGAUUCAGUAGUACGUGCAUGUGAUGAAGCACUUUUAGGUCAUGAUGGCUAUCGACAUUUAGCAGCUGUUGCACCAACUCUUUUUCAUGAAUAUUUGGUUGCAGAUCGACGAAAUAAAAUUAAUGAGAUUAUGAAAAACAAGAUAUAUAUACAAAGUUUUAAUAUUGAUAAUAAACAAUUUAAUAUGGAAAAUAGUAUAAAUGAAUCUAUUGAUGAUAUUUCAAUAAGUAAUCAAGAUAGAGGAAAUGGAGUUUAUCGCUCAAUUUCAACAUUACUUAAAGUAUUAAUACCUAUUUGGAAAUCUGGAGAAAAUCCUACAAUAAUUUCAGGCGAUAUACUUUAUCUAAAACUUGGUG